AGGAGGAAGAGGAGGAGGAGGAGGCACCGAGCGCCGGGGGGUGCGCACGAGGAGUGGGAGCGGCCGGGGGCGGCGUGGGGAGCCCUCAGGUGCCGGUGGGGCGCAGCGUGGCGUCUCCCUGCCCCUCAGCCUCGCCAUGGAGGUGAGCCACUCGGUGAAGGAGCGCACCAUCGCCGAGAACAGCCUGGUCAUCCUGCUGCAGGGCCUGCACGGCCACGUCACUACCGUGGACCUCCGUGACGAGAGCACGGCCACGGGGCGCGUCACCAACGUGGACGCCUUCAUGAACAUGCGGCUGGCCCAGGUCACCUUCACCGACCGGCGGGGGACCGAGUCCCACCUGGAUGAGCUCUUCGUCACCGGCAGGAACGUGCGCUACGUGCACAUCCCCGAGCAGGUGGACAUCAGGGCCACCAUCGAGCGGCAGCUGCAGCUCAUCCACCGCGUCCGCUACUUCGGCGGCCGCGACAAGGGGCGCAGGGAGUUCCCCCGUGCCAAGCACAAGUGAGCGCCGGGCUGCCACGGACACGGGGACAUCUGGGGGGACACGGGGACUGUGGGGUGUGGUGUUGUGUGGUGCUUAACUGCUAACUGGGACGUGUGGCUGUGUAAUUAGUGUCUGUGUAAUUAGUGAUUGAUGCACUGCGCCACCAUGGGCCCCAGCCCCCGAACAAAGCCCCUGUGGCCCCGA